UUCAAGAACUGAGAAUGAAUGAAAAUCCGUUUUGUAUAAAUAAGAUUGUUUGUUUAAUGCAGGAUAUCAGUUUCAAUUGCUUGCAUCUUUCUAUCACUUCUGUGUAGUCCAACUCAUUCUCAAAUUCUCAAAAUGUACAAGAUCGUCUGCCUGUUCGCAAUCAUUGCCGUCGCUUCGGUGUCGGCCGAGCCAAAGCCCGGAGUCCUUGCUUACAGCGCUCCCCUGGUUGCCGCGGCCCCAGCUGCCUUUGUGUCGGAAGGAGCAGCCGUCUAUGAACGCACCUACCACGGAAACAUCGCUCCGUUUGCUCCAGUUGCUGCAUACGCCGCUGCUCCCUAUGUCGCAGCUCCUUUGGCUUACUCGGCCUACUCUGCGCCCUACGUAGCUGCUGCCCCAGCUCCAGUGCUGCUCAAGUAAAUCAUUUCCUAUGACUGACACACGUGAAGUUCCUGGCUCAUUGAUAAAAACAAAAUAUGAAAAAUACAAACAAUGCACGUUACGCUGAAA